AUGGCGGAGACGGCCUACCUCCAGGAGAACGUGGGCGAAGCCUUAAAGAUGGCGCUGGCGGCCAUGGUCGUCGACCAGCCGGACGACGCCGUCGAGUUCAUCGGGACCUACCUCGUGAACCACGCCACGAAGCACGAGCGCGAGGAGGCGCGCGCCAAGAAGUACGCGUCCCUCGCGGAGUCCAUCGCCGUCAGCGACGCGGCGGCCGCCGAGGUCGCGGCGGCCGCGGAGGCGCGGCGGACGGCGUCGGACCCGACCGAGGCCGAGGCCGAGCUGGAUAAGGAGUUAGAGGAGACGGACGACGUCGAGAGUUUGUACCCCCAGCUCAUGGACGCGGUCCGGCGCCAGACGGGCUGCACGGCGGCCUACGUCGGUGUGAAGGGCGAGAAGGAGGGCGUGCCUUUGAUAGGUUUUUGCGGCGCGUCCGAGGGCUGCGACAUGGCGGGGAACGUGCUCAAGGGCGGUAUUGGUGAAGACGAGCCCGCCGAGGGCGUGACGUUCGACCUGUUCCAGCAGCGCGAGGAGUACGAGGAGGAGCUCGCGGCGGCGACGGCCGCCGUCGAGGAGGCCACGGGGCCGGCGACGGAAGCCGAGGCGCCCGUGGCCGAGGCCCAGGCCGCCGUCGACGGCGCGCAGGCGGCCGUCGACGAGAAGAAGGCCCUCGAGGGCGACGACGCGGACCCCGAAGGCCUGGCCGAGGCCGAGAAGGCGCUGGAAGGGGCGCAAGCAACGUUAGCCGAGGCCCAGAAAACAUUAGAUGAGGCCCAGAAGACUCUAACGGAAGCGGAAGCGGCCAAGGACGCGGUCCUGCAGUACCCGUCCCGAGCUUUCGUGGCGAACGUCGUCCGCGAAGACCGCAUCAAGUUCUUCGGCAUCCCGCGCUGCGGCUCGUACUGCGCGGCGGCGGUGAAGUACGACAGCGCGCUGCACGCCGAGGGCAUCGGCGAGCCCGUGCCCGAGGAGCCGGCGGAGGAGGCGCCCGAGGCGCCGGAGGAGGGCGCGGAGCCGGCCGAGGAGCCGGCGCCGCCGGCGCGCGCGCCGAAGAACCAGCCCGUCAUCGUGCCGGUCGAGCGCGUGCUCUGCGUGCACGCCAUGGGCCAGGCCAAGGACCUCGCCGAGGACAAGCAGCUGCUCGUCGAGGCGUGGGCGAAGAAACUGGGCGAGGCGCACGCGCGCGCGGACGCGAAGCGCUGGGCCGCGUCGGCGAUGCUCCGCGAGGACGCGGCCGAGGCCGCCGAGGCGCGCCGCGAGGCCGCUUCCACGGCGGAAGCCGAGGCCGCGACGGCGGCCGAGGCCGCCGCGGCCGAGCGGACCGAGGGCUACGGCGAGGACGGCGCGCCCGACGGCGCCGAGGACCGCGCGGCGGCCGAGGCCGCCGUCGCGUCCGCCGAGGCCGUGCUGGCGACCUACGCGGACGCCCUUUCCGAGCUCGCCCGCGACAAGAUCCCGCCGAGCGAGGCGGCCGUCGCGUCGCUGCAGGCGUCGCUGCUGGUCUGCGGCGUGUCGUCCGAAAGCUGCGCGUCGUUCACGGGCGCGCCGGACUGGGCCAAGGCCGCGGCCGCCCUGGCCGAGGCGCUGCCCACGCUGUCGGGCGAGGGCAAGAAGGACUUCGUCUCAUUAAUAGCGGCCGACGCCGACGGCUCCGCGCCGCUCGAGGGCGUCGACGUCGAGGCGGCCAAGGCGGCGGCCGAGGCGGCGCCGGGCGACGACGGCUUCUACGCCGCCGACGCGCUGGCCAAGCUCAGCGCCUGGGCCGCGGCCCUCGCCGCGCUCUGGGACCUCGUCAAGGCGCAGAAGCAGGCCGCCGACGAGGCCGAGGCCGCCGCGGAGGCGGAGGACGACUGAGCGCUCCCCGCCCUAUAUAUCAGUAAGGAGAGGGUCCGAACGUGUCGGGAAAACAGCUAAGGGCUAAGGCUGAG